CAACUUGAAGAUGCUGGCUGAGCCGACUGAUUUCCCGCCAGAGUGCCAGCGUGACUACUCCGUCCAGUGUUCCAAGUCCUUUUUCCCUGUCUCCACACAGGUAGCGUGCAUCCAAUGGCUGCACUGCAUGAUGUGACGCUGUCUUACCUGUGUGUCACUUUAGUGCUGGGCGAAGCCAUCCUACAGUGGUCCCUGCGAGCGCAAGCAGCGAGGCAUGGCUCAGAUGAGCGACGAGCAGAAGGAGUCCUGGAGCAUCGCGUGCGAGGACAACUACCCAUGCCUGCCCGAACAAUGUCCGCGAGGAACGGAUUGGGAGCGCACUUGUCCAGCGGGGUAAUGCUCCCCAACAAACACACACACACACACACUGAUCUAUCUGUCUUCAUGCUACAUCCUUGCAGCUGGCGCCAUGUGUCCGGCGGGCUGUGUGUGGCGCCAGCUGACUUUGACCAAUGCGACGCCAAGGUGCAGUUCGCCGCCUUCUCUUUGCAAGACAAACACGCAUUCGCACAGAAAUGCGGUCAGUCAGUGCACUGAGCAAGACACUUCGACAUGUGCAAUCGUCCGUCUACAUGCAGGUGUGCGGUGGCCAUGCCGGCGUCUCUCGUGCGCGCGAGACUACUCAUCGGUAAGAGUGGAACAAACAAGAAGACAAGCAUGCAGAGAGACACACCAACACGCCCUUGUAUGUGUAUCUGUGUAGGUGUGUCCCGAAUACUGGCACGAUGAGGGGGACUCCAUCUGCCACGCCAACCCCAACAUCUACACCGGGCCGUGUCCCAUGUAAGUCAGUGGCCCACUCCAUCCCACACAUCACACAGAGACGCCCCAAUGCACUGCACGCAUUACAUGUGUGUCUUGUCGUGUCCGUCCGGCAGGUACGCCAAUCUGACAGGCUUCGACAACGAGCUCAAGGAGAACUUCGAGAUCGUUUGCUUCGUCGCUUGGCCGUGCGCUUCACUGUGUGAGCGGGACUUCUCGGCCAAAUGUCCGCUCGCCUGGCGGCUCCUUUGCCCGUGGAUGUAUGGAUGAAUGAAUACGCUCAUGCAUUGCAUUUGGGUCUUGUGGUCAUCUCCCCGCAUUCAGCCAUGCACGG